AUGGAUGCCUUUUAUGAAAAUAUUAUCAAGGAGAGGCUCCAGGAACGGGAGACGGGAAACACUAUUGGGAAGCACAAAUUGGACUUGUUAGAUAUGUUAUUGGAUUAUAGAAGUGACAAAGAAGACGAAUUAAAAAGGUUAUCCAGAAAUAACAUCAAGGCCAUGCUUGCAGAAAUGUUCAUCACAGGCACAGAGACCACCUCAAGCAGUGUGGAAUGGGGUAUGACAGAGAUCUUAAGAAACCAUAAUGUAGACAAGAAAGUUCUUAUGGAGUUGGACCAAGUGGUUGGGAAGGAUCGGUUUGUCGAAGAGAGAGACAUCUCCAAUCUACCUUACCUCCAAGCAGCAGUGAAAGAAGUUUUCCGGCUCCACCCAGCCUUCCCCCUGAUCUUUCCUUGUAGAACAAAUGAGGCGUGUGAGGUUUCCGGUUAUCACAUUCCCAAGGACUGUAUUGUGUUCAUGAAUGUUUGGGGAAUGGCAAGGGAUCACACUAUAUGGGAAGAACCAUGCGAGUUUAAACCAGAAAGGUUUAUUGGGUCAAGCGUCGAUGUCAAGGGACAAGAUUUUAACCUAUUGCCAUUCGGGACUGGGAAAAGAAUUUGUGUCGGAAAGCCACUUGGUCAACGCAUGAUCCACUUUUACUUGGCAGCAUUGCUUCAUGCUUUUGAGUGGGAAUGUUCUUUGGAGAUAUUGGACAGCUUAGAAGAGAGAGUGGUGUUGGAAUUUAUGGUUAGCGACAUGCAUAGAUUACAACCUAAUAUAGGGGACGAAGAGUACGCGAAUCUGAUGAAGCCAUUACUAAAUGAUCGAGGAAGAGUCUUCUACUCAAUGGGGACUUUAUAUUCUCACAAGAAUAGGGCUAGUUACUAA